UGUAAGUGGUGCUCCGCCAACAGUAUAUUACAUCCCAGAUUUUAUAUCAGAGGAGGAGGAGACAUACCUUCUACAGCAGGUUUAUAAGUCUCCAAAAACCAAAUGGACUCAGCUGUCAGGCAGAAGGCUUCAGAACUGGGGAGGGGUUACCACAUCCCAAAGGCAUGCUCGCUGAGAAGAUCCCAGAAUGGCUUCAGACCCACUGUGUGAAAAUUUCCUCUCUGGGUGCAUUCAGUGGGAAACAGGCAAAUCAUGUGCUGGUGAAUGAGUAUAAACAAGGAGAAGGGAUCAUGCCUCAUGAGGAUGGUCCUCUGUAUCAUCCCACUGUCACCACCAUCAGCCUGGGAUCUCACACCCUUCUAGACUUCUACUCACCAGUCAGCAGCAGCAGCUCAGAUACCGACAUGCUGCAGACAGAGGACAACCGCUACCUGUUCUCCCUGCUGGUGAGGCAGCGUAGUCUCCUGAUCCUGCAGGAUGACAUGUAUCAAAAGCUUCUUCAUGGUAUCCGGGCAUGCAGCGAGGACACAUUGUCAGACAAAGUGGUCAACCUGUCUGCUUCUGGGGCCCACCCAGGGGACACAUUAAACAGAGGCACCAGAGUGUCACUGACCAUCCGCCAUGUGCCCAAAGUCAUGAAGACAAGCUUAUCCUGGGAAGAAAAUGACAACAAACUGCAUGUUGACUGAAUAGUUUAUGAUAGAGACCAAGUGCCAUCAGCUUUGUCUCUGCAGGCUGCUCUAUGAAUAAUAUUCCUUGUAUGUGUAUAUUAGCUUUGUUUAAUAUCAAUUCAGCCUCGUUACGUAGAAGUUAUGAUGAUGAAGUUGAUGAUGGAUUUUAAGAAUAGCAGAUUCCAGUACCAUUGUAUUUUAUUUAUUGGGUCAUUCAGUUUUCAUGUUAAUUAUGACACUGGUAUGCUCUUGUCAUUUCUUUAGUUAUUGUUGGGACUAAUGAUAAAAAAUUUUAGAGUCAGCAAAAAUCUGGUGGCAGGAGUACUGUACAAACAACCGGAGAUCUAGGAGUGAGAAGAUAGAUAGCAGCUAAUGAAGCAGCAAACACCAAGCUUGGUUAGAGUACCCCCUCUGGAUCGCUGCUGGGCUCUGUAGGAACCAUUCUUGCAUAAAUGUCAAGCAAAUUAGAGGAAAACCUCUGAAACGUAACCAAAAGGAAAAUCCAAUAAGUGAUGAUACUCAUGAUAGACAGAAGUAGAGCAUUCCAUAGCAUUUAUUUUUAUGGGUUGAAACAGGAAUAAUUUGGUUUGGUCAUCAUUUCAUAUUCCUGUUGUACUAUGAGACAUUUUCACUCUUUGUAAUAUCAGAAGAUAUCAGAAUACUGAGGAAGAUACAGCAAACAGCUGAUCAGUCACAUGAGUUAAAUAUCACCACAUCA